GAUACGCCCGCAGAAGGUAGCCCCGAAAAUACGAUAUCAGAAUGCACCAAAAAAAAUGACAUGACACAAAAUGCUGCGGUGGAAUCAGAUACUUUAGUUAUUGCCACAUAUGUUGAUAAUGACGAAGGUGAUUCUGCUGGCAGUGGUGGUGUAGUUGAUAUUUCUAGUGCGGCGCAAAAUGAACCCAGCGAUAUAGAUCAGCUGUUGUCCAUUGUGCGUUUAUGCGAUGGUCCCUCGACAAGUACACAAGAGCCCAGUGAUGAAUUGCAUAAAACAAAAACUUCCACAUGUGUAAGCAAUGUAAUAGCCAACAUAGCACCACCUUCUGUUCAGAGUGUUACAGCAACAGCACCGACAAUUAAGGAAACAACAAAUUCGUCAGCUUUGACAGUAGCUAUUGAUAGUGAUGAAUUGCCAUACGCAACAAGUACCAGUUCAAAUUCCAAAACACAGUCAUCACAGCAAUCUCCCAAGCCAACAAUUUCAGUAAAAUGCUUCAGCCCAAUGUUAAGAGUCCAAACAAUGCAAAAUGAGACAUUGCCAUCACCAAAUGUUUGCGUCGUUACGGAACGACGAAAGGAAAAUUCGGAAAGUGAUAAUGUGGCUGGUCCACAAAUGCAAAGUUCAAACGAUGAUAAUCCAAUUUGUCUGCCAGCAGUAGCAGACUUGGAUAGAGGGACACGUGCAGCAAUGCCGGAAGUUACAAUUGAGGAGCUUACGUCGGCGUCGGAAUCGCGUGCGCCAUCACCUGCCAAUUCCAGCGUUACCAGUGUGUCAACACUUCGGGCAUCAAGAAGUGCGAUUGGUCGCCGUGUUGUAUGCUUGCGUCAUAUUCGACGCGCACCCAAAGAACCAGAGGAAUACAUGGAUGCAUUGUUUCCGCAUAUACGCGAGGCACAUAACCAAAUACGCAAGACGCUAUUACAUGCGCCGCUCACUGAUGUCAAGGAUAAUGCAUUAUUAAAGCGUAAAAUGUUUGAGGUCAUUCGACACUAUAUCGGUGGUUGUAAAAAUGAGUUUGAACGAGUUACAGCAUCGCUAAUAUUGUGCCGCCGGCUAAAGCGAAAUAUUAUACGUCUGUUGGAUUUGUUCCAUGAUAUUUGUUCGUCUAGUCGAGAGGAUCCUGCUUAUUUGUAUCACAUAAGUCAAUUGAUUGCAGUGUACAACUCGCUCGAAAUAAAAUUAUCAUCCAAUUUGACAAGAUUACAGAAGUGCGCUUUAAUCCAUCGUAUAGCCCACAUUAUAAAUAAGCACCUGUUGGUGAAGGAUGAAUCGUUGGCCAAGGAAAAUGUACUCAGAAUGUUUCUACAUAUGCCCGAUAUGUAUUCGGCACGUUUUAUAAUGGAACCACUUUUUAACACCUUUUUAGCGGAAAUUCCAACAAGCAACAAUGCGCGGUGUCAAAGAGAAUUGUCGGAUAAGAAAUUUGUACAAUAUAUUAUAGUAUUGCAUCUUUGGAAGGAAAUGCUGCGAAAUCCUCUUGAGCAGGUUGAAUUAAUUAACCGCGCACAGCAUUUUAUGUGUCCCACUAAAACGUUGCAUACGAAUCCCAUGUAUGUUAAUCACUUGCCAACAAUUCACACACGCAAACAUGCUGUGAAAGAUAUUUUGAAUAGCUUAAAAUAUUUUCACGAUUUAAAAAAUGCCGCAAUUUGUGAUGAUACUUUGGAAGAUGGGGAUGGCGACAUUGAAGUCGUUAUUGAUGACGUUAUAAAUGCAACGCCACUUUGGGAUUUUGGUGCCACAUACGCAGCUGGAUUGAAGCAUCAAAAGCGUAUAAAUCGACGCGCCGUCACACCAGAGCCGCUUGAAUGCGUCGAUCUUACUCUUGAAGAUGAGCAACCGUCUCGAAUGACGUACGUGGAGCAUUCUUUAGAUUGGCUUAAAGAUUUGAAAGAGAGAGCAUCCGAGAGAGUGCAGGCAGACGAGACCGAAAUGGUUAUUUGCUUGGACUCAGACUCAGACGGAGAAUUGUUUUCGGGCAGCAUUUUAGAUCCAACAGAAUCUUAUCAAGAUUGUGACGCUGUCGAUACUGACUACACAAGCUUGGAUAGCAGCACUACGGAUGAUAAGGCUGCAUCGGAAGAUGAUGCUCUGACCGCAAGCGGGAUUGCCCCAAAUGGCCUUAGAACUUAUCUAGCGCCAAAAUCUAAAAAGCAAUUUAAUUCAAGUGAUGAAAAGCACACCACAAGUAGACAAUCCCCUUAUGUGAAAACAACGGACGAUUACGGGGUGGAUGAGUCUGAGUCUGAGGGUGCAAGUGAAGGUGGUAGUGUUACUGCUGGUAAAAAGCCGUCAACAUCAGCCGCCGCGUCAUUGCCGCUUAUUGUUAACACUUUCACCGUUAAUGGCAAGCAAAAUAUGCACUUGUUAAACUCACCAAGAUUUAGCCUUGAUAUUGGCCCGGAGCGUUUUGGGAAUGAGGAUAUGGAGUUUCACGAUACUUGUGAGGGUAAAGUCAUCUAUUCCCAACCUUUAUCUCCAUCUAACCGCAGAUUGUUAAUGGAAGAUAAUGUAAAUGGACCAAGUGAUAGGCGUCGAGAAUUUGAGGGCAAAAUAUUCGAAGCGCAAGAUAAUCCACGAAUCAGCGAGUGUGGCUCAAAGCAGUUGCGUUUAAAUGCCGAUGACAAGCCAGUGAAAAAACAAGUUAAGUUUAACGAUAAUCCUAUUGGACCCACGCGUCGUCUAAAUACCAAAUUGCCGAUAAAACCAGCUAUACAUCUUAGCAAAACACAAACCACCAAUCAACAACCUGCUUUCCCCAAUUCACCACAACCACGUUUUACAUCACCGUCAUCUUCAACUUCUUCCACAACUGAGUCACUUAAACAAAUGGCGCAAAAAGUUAGUGCUUGUGCAAGUACAACAAAAAGUAACUUAACAGUUUCUACUCAACCAAUUCAGAGUAAAAAACCCCAUGAAAAAGAAAUAUCAAAUCAAUAUUUAUCAGUUCUUAAAAGCAACAUUUGUAACAAUCCAAAGUGUAAAAUGAAAGCGCGUUAUGUUUCACACCGCUCUAAAUCCAUUCAUGGGCCAAAAGAUAUUUCAUCAACCAAUUAUGUAUGUAAUAGAAAUAUUGAGUUUAUACAUAUAUCCGAUGAUAGCGAUGAUGAUAAUGAUAGUAUUGUAUACAAUAAUAUGAAAAGCUUUGAAGUUGGCAAACAAGUUGAAAUGGAAGAACAAAAUUCGAAUGUUUCAACAACUACAGGGCCUAGUUUAGAGUCGAAUGCCGCAGAUGAACAUAAAGCAGCAGCGGUUACUGAAAUGUCUAAUAGAAAACAAAUGCUCGUUAUGGUAGAAAGUACAAGUUCACAAAUUUAUAGGGCAACUUCUCUUGAAAACAAUGUGGGGAACGAUAUUUGUACAAGUAGCACAGAGACACUGUUACAGGAAACCGAAUUGGAGUAUAGUGUUUCGUCACCAAACAUCGUCGAUUCGCAGUUUGAUUUAGCCAAGGAAACAGAUUUGCAACAAAUGAGCUCAGCUUCUGAACUCGAUUGCGUAGCUGUUAAAGGGGAUGAUGCAGAUCCAUUUUUAACCGCUAAGAAAAAUGAUAAGACUGAAUUAGGCCAGGCGGAAACUAAUCUGAAGAAAUACACAGGCGGCGAGGCAAAAGAAAAUGAGUGUAACGAACUUAUAGGUGUCGUGUGGGAUAGAAAUAUUUUGAAUAAAAGAAAAAGUGCACUCGCGAGUGAUUUCAAAGUCAGUGUUAAUAUUAAGCAAACUCUAAGUGAAGAAGUGAAAAUAAAUGCGAAUGUCGUAGAAAAUUCUAUCAAUACUAACGCUUGUAAAGUACACACGUCAGAGGGAGGCGUGGAACAACUUAAUGAGUUGGAUUGUGAAACGUUGGUGUCGAUAUGCUCAGAACAGCACCCAUCAGAUAUACAAGUUGAGAAAAGCAAUGCUGAUACGCAGGAGCGGCGGUUAACCGAAACGGAAGAAUUGAUCGUGAAAAAUGUAAAAGUCGUAUCUCAAAAACUAACAAACCAAAUAAGUGAAGGAACUGGCGAAAACUCGGUUAUCGAAAGAAUUGAAGAUGAUAGCGCACGUAUGAACGUAGAACAGCGCAGCUCUACUCCAGGUUUGGUAGACCCAAGUGAACUUUUAUUAGAGUCUAAAUUAGCACAUUCAGAACAACCGUCAAUAAGAGAAGAGGAAGAAAAAUCAUAUUCGAAUUCAAUUUCAUCAGCAACGCAUCAAGGAGAAGCAGAAAAAAAUGAAGAGCUCACAAAAUCUCAAGUAGGUUCGAGUACGUCAGCAUCUACACCGCAUCAAGGGGAAGCAAUAGAAACUGAAGAGAGAGUGAAAUCGUCUGUAGAGUUAAGUACACCAGCUUUGCACCAAAAAAAAUCAAGAGAAAAUGAAAAGGCAGCCAAAUCUCCUUCAGAUUCUGGUAUGCCAGCAUCUUCAUCACAUCAAGGAGAAACAAAAGAAAAUCAAAAGUCAUCAAAAUCAUCUUCAUAUUCGAUUAUAUCAGCGACUCCCUCACACACCCAAGCAGCAUCAGAUAAAAUAGAAGUACAAACAAACAAAGAGCCCGAAAAGGGUGUUGGAAAUACAGACAUAAUAACGGGGAUUAUAAAAAAACCAGGCGGCAUUCAUGAUUUAAGUACUAUUAUCACAGAGGAUAUUGCGCCAAUUUUCGAAAGCGUCAAGAAUGCCGAAGAGACAGCGUUAGUGGACUUAGAUGUAUGUACUAGCGAAAUAGAUUCAAACAAGAAGCAUAUAACACAUGUAAAUGAUAAUAUUCGAGUUAGUCCAGAAACAAAUGAUAUGACUGCUACCAAGACAAGUGAUACAGAUGCAAAUGCGUUUGACGAAACGUUAAGCAAGUCUACUGAACAUGUAAAUACUAAACAAAUGCCUUUCAGUGAUAAAACACUCACUUCAGAGGGAUGUUCCACUAAAGCUCAAAUAAAAUUGACGGAAGCUGAAAAGGAUGUAUACGAGAUAGAGAUUGAGAGCUCAGCAAAUCGGGAAACAUGUGAGGAUUUAGAAAACUCGUCAACUGAAAAAUCUAUUACUGCUGUUGUAGCUGAUAUAAAUGAGGGAACGCCAGGUGACCAAGAAACAACAUAUAAAGCUCUUUUAGUUGAGAAUGUUGCAAAUUCAACGGAAACUGUACAAGUGGAGAGCGUCACAUUGGCUGAAGAAGUAACCAAAAUAACAAAUUGCACUACUAGUACUGAAGAAAUAAGUGAACAAAAAUCUAAGCGUGCUGAAAUGGAAGACAAUGCGAUGAUAGAUACAAUUGCCGUCAAUCAGGGAUCAGUAAUCGAAAUUGUAAAACCGAAUUUAUAUGCUAACCAAACCACCAAUAACUCAAUGGCAUCAAAUGCAGCGUCUUCCGAAAAUACAAUCAUAGCUGAUAACAAGGAAACAGAGCUAUGUGAGGGCUUAAAAUUAUCCGUUGUACCUAUGGUUUCGGAAAAAGGACCCAAAAGUGAUGUACAUAGAGAAGCAAUCCCCUCCAGCACUGUUAAAGGUUCCAAUGAUGGUCUCGUGCGAUUAGUGGCCGCUGUAAAAGCUGUUGAAUCUCUUAAUUUGAUUAGUAAUGAAGGGGUCGAAAUUGUAGACAGUAACGAUUUCAACGCUAGUCAAGGGUCUGUCGCCAAUACAACUUUAAUAAGCUGCGAGAAUUCGCCAACUGUUGUCGACUCUAGUCUCCACGAAUUGGUUGUUGUGGCAACUACUGAAAAUACUGCCGAAACAGAAUCAGCUAGUUUUGAUAAAAGUGAAAAGGCGUCAGUCGGAAAUGCGGCGAGUAUUGUUGUCACACCACAGGUUUCCAUAAUAGUUUCUCAAACAGAAUCCAUUACCACGCAAAAUGAGUCAAAACUGACGGGCAUUUUACUCUGUGGUGACAAAAGUCCCAAAACUAAUUUAGAGCGCCUAGCUGAAGCGGUCUUACUUACCGAGGCCGCUGCGAAGAAAUACAGUGGUAUUGUGACUAAGCCGGGGCUAAUACAAACCGAAAAUGAGUACAAUCAAUCGAACGCGGUAGUUCGCACUGCGGAAAAUUUCGAGAUUCCCAAACAUACAAUUGAUGAUGGUGAGCGGUGUAUUGAAGAAAAUGGGUUACCGACUGAUUGUUCGACUAUUGAAAAUAUAUGUGGAGUUGAAUCCGCUGUGAAUUCUUGUGAAGUAAAACAAAUCACUAAUGAUGACAUUUCGAACAUGCAACAAAAAUCGAUUAUGGUUACGAAGUCAAAACGAGCGGUUGGUGCAAUAAGUCAAAAAGAUAUCAGCGAUAAAACAAUUAUCCUUGGUUUAUCUGCCAGUCACGAUUCUUCGAAUGUAGUGGUAGACAUUCCUGAAUCGCUUCAAGCAGUUGCGCCGCUUAAAAUACAGCCGGUCGCUUCCGCCGAGCAACUCGACUCAGAUGAUAAUGAAAGUAUCGAUCAUGUAACGCACAUCGACUAUGAUAUGCACGUAAUCAAAGCGUUUAAUGACUUUAAACCCAUCAAGGGCUUAGCCACCAAAACUGCUCCUAAUGAUGCGGGUAUUUCGUCAGUCGAAGAAAUAUCAAAAACUUCAGCAGUAGCAGUAACUGAGCAAAUACUUAUAAAACAAGAACCAACAGCAAAACCGCAAAAUCAAACUGCGGAUUUUGACACAAUUUCGCCCCAGAAUAUAGGAAUCGUUCCCUCAAAAACAGCGCCUUUUCCAGAAAACCCGCCCUUAUCGCAUAAAACCAAUCCAACUUUUCAUUCGUCCUUUGAAAAUUUCAUAAGUUCACUUAAAGCACAAAGUGAGUUAAAGUUGCCGCGUAAAUCGCCAAGAAUUACAAGUAAGACUGCAAAAGCUACAGAAGAAGCGAGCAAUUUACCCCCUAAGAGUAAAAAAGUUAUUUUGCUAACUAUGCCACCCACUUCCGAACGGUUGACAGCAAAAAAUGUUGCAUCCACAACGCCACAGACCGCUGAACUAUCUGCCACAUCAGAUAUUGAGCUCCGCAGCAUAGACACGAACGAAUGUGAAUCGAAGAAAAGGUAUAGUCUGCGUAGAAGCGAACAAUGGAAAGUAGUAAAAAAUACGAGUGUACCUAUUUCACCCCCAACCAAAACCACUAACAGUGUGCAUACUAAAAAGCCUAUAACGCGUGCGUUGUCCAAGCGCUGUAUAAAAAUACGAUUGGCUAGGGCUAAAGUACCCACAAAAGCAGAGAAAAAAGCACUUCACCCCAUGGCAGAUAAGGUUGUUCAAAGUAUAGAAGCGCAAUUUGGUGACGUAUCGCAUCGUCCAAUAACCAGAAAAUUAGCGGCCGCGCUCAAUUCUAGUCUACAAAUGGAAACAGAAAAUGCGGUUAUCGAACCCAUCAAACCGUUUCCUUCGCGUGGCAGAAAAUCUAAACCAAAACAGGAAACACUGGACGACCAGUCGCCCACCAAGCGCAAGCGUUGUGAAAUUGUAACAAAAAGUUUGAGUAACAAAAGAGUAAUUGAGUCAAUAAUUACAGAAACAGAGCUGUUAAAGACUGACACACCUGUUGAGACGCAGAGAAAGCGAAAGGAUUGUGAUGUGGAAGCAACGCUGGAAAAGGAGGCCCCAAAGUCAGAUGGAAUGCAAGAAAUAACAAAUGAUUCUGUUCCUGCUGAAUUGGAGGCAUACCAAAAGCGCGGAGAAGCUGGAACGAUAUUUGACGAUACUGGAAGAAUUCCUGAAAAGAACCCGGCAAAGCGCAUGAAAGUCGUAAAGGGAGCACCAAGUACAAGCAAAGUAUUGGCUGUACAAGAAACGGCACAAGUACCAACUACCUUUGAGACUAUCUUUAUAAAAACAAAUGUUUGUCCUGUUGAUGUGAAUGUGGCUACUAAGAUAGCUGACAGCAGCAAUGAGGAAGUCUCACAACAUAAUCUUGAUAAGUCUUCGGUGCAAACGAGUGAGAAAUUGUCUGAUGAGGGUACGAUCCGACAAGAAAGCCAAGAAAACAAGAACGAGGAACCGACUAGCCAUGAGAAUAUGAAAACUAGUGCAAGGACGGUUACAAAUAGUAUAACGGAUUUAGAGGCGCAAGAUGUGGACGUAGCGAAAACCGGCAUUGAAUCCAGUGCAAAUAAAAGUUUGGUUGAAACCGAAUCUCAAGUUGAGCAAGAUUUUACGCAACUCGCCAUUGAUAAUUCAAACGAGAAAGUGAUUGCGACACCAUCGAAAGAUGUUUUGUUAGCUAAAAGCGUUGAGACUGCGCCAAUAAACUGCCGCGAGCAUUCGAAUUUACUUACAGAAAACAAUGAUGUUGCCCAACUCGUAGAUAUCUCGAGUUUCCGUAGCUUAUCACUAGAACUAACUGAUGCUACUAAAUGUUAUUCCAAGAGUGUUUGCGAUGGUUUUCAGAGUAUUUCCGAAUUUCCAAACCAAGAUUCGACUGUCGAUUUGAGCAUCUCAAAUAUGAGCCAAUUGCACGUCAAAGACGAGGACCUAAACAAUACUGAGUGUAUAAAUAUUUUAAAAGCUAAUAUGGAAGCUGAUAAUCUAUUGGAAGAAUAUAAUCAUUCAGCGCGUAUUAUAGCAAAUGCAAAUUUAAAAAUCCCAUUAGCUGCGCAAACACCGUCCGAUGGACGCACGCCUGCAUGUAGCAGUGUGACCUUUAGUUAUCCCGGCAGCGACACGUCCAGUUCUUCGACGAGUAGUUGUUCGUGUAACAUGACGUCUACCGCAACGGCAGCCGCAGAUUUAUGUAAAAAUGAACCGACGAGCUUCAAAGUUGUCCAAUCCCAAGCACAAGUUGUCGAACUACUUUCGAGUACGAGCGCAAGCUUUCAGGACCUAUCGCUUUUAGAUUUGGAACACGAUGUUAUUAUAAGUAAUGAUGACUUGCUUUCCGAACUGAUGCCGACCGCGAUUAUGGAUACAAUGGCUGCGACUAGUCUCGAACACAACUACGCAACAAAACCACUAGAAAUGGUGAUGAGAAAUGAAUAUGACACACAAUACGAUCUGCAAAUAAAAAGUGAAUCGCCGAUACUUCAGGGAGAGGAAGCGAAUAAUUGGCGUGACGUGGAAGUAUUCGACAUCAAUAACGCAAAAGAUCUCUAUGACAGGCAGGGCGAUAAGGCGCAGACUGAAAAUGGUUUGGAAGAUAAAAGAGUGGUUGUUGACGGAAAUAAUGAAAAGCCUUUGCAGACACCAAGUCUAAGAGUUUCCAUACCUAUUGCCUAUAUAAAAAACCUAGAAGAACUAAUAGGUAAGCAAAAAGAAUCCAAGACUUGGUAUUUGUCAGAGAAACCUUCCACCUCUAAGGCAGCUUUGGAGGCGUUAGCUAGAAGAAACGCGCUGGCAAAUUCUAAAGCGUUAAGUGCGAUCAGUUAUGUCCAAGCAGACACUGCUAUGAUUGAUAGUUCAGCACCACGCCAAUUACUCUCUCGGGAAUGUUGUUGUCCCUCACCGAGUUUACCUUUAAAGAAACGAAGAAAUGUUUCAGGAGUAUUAGAAGAAGAUUUGUUCCAUACUGCAGCUCUUUUGUCAGAAGAGGAUAAUCUAGUGCAGGCAACGUCAGAGAGUAUCAUUUCAGUAACUGAAAAUAAAGCUAGUGAAUUGGAUGAAAAAAUAGAUAUAUCCGAGUUGGAUAUUUGCACAAAUAAGAAGUUGAAUAAAGGUAGAGGCGAAAAGCUAGUACCAGAUGAUUUAAAUACAAAAUCUAAGCAAUCACCAACGGGAAAAGAGGAAAAUAGUGUGGAAAUACAAGAUAACCAACGAGAAAAUGACAAUACGGUGCUUCAAGAUUAUCAACGCGACGACAACAGUGAACAAGUAACACAAUCUAAACAAACAAAAGAUUCGGAAACUGAAAACACAGACGAUAAAGAAAACACCCAGACUAUUUCAUCUCAAGACGAGAAUAUACCACCAACAAAGCAUAGUAACAUUAUUGAAGGAGAUGAAACGCAGGUUAAAGGUGAGAAUAAAAGAAAUCGCGAGGGUGAUGAAGGGGAAAGCGCAUGCUAUCGGGCUGAGGAGGAGUCAAAAUCAAAACAAGCUUGUAUGGAAUAUGCUCAAUCUGAAAAUGAAGAUUUGCAGCAAGCGUGUGCUGAAAAAAAGGCUAUAGAAGAUUUAGUUCAAGACCACCAAGAUACUGUGGGACUCGAACCACAACAUAAAGAUAAGACGAAAGAAUGUCAAAUUAAAGAUAUACAGCAAGAGUAUGCGGAGCACGGUGGAGUUCAUUCCAAUCAAAAAGAGUCUGUGGGUAAUAACGCAACCGAGUUGCAACAACCAACCUUUGAAGAUUGCAUACUGCCAGAAAAUCUGAUAUCGGAACCCAAUUUGGCGCCAAGUAAAGUUAAAACCGCGGACAUAAGCGUAGCUGGACAUGAAGAAAAUGACAUUUUAACUGGAGUGCACAAUGCAAAUCUUGUCAAAACUUUUACUCAAAAUGAAAGCACUGAAGCUAAUGAAUCAACUAAUCAAGAACGCAGCGAGGAAACUAAAAUGUAUAUAUCCUAUGGGGCUAUAGAACAAAUUGACCCAGGACUUACAAUGAAUGAAGAAAAUUACUCUGAAAUCGAUGCUAAAAACUUCGCAGCAGAAUGUACGGAUGUCGCUAAAGAGAUUUCAGCUAUGGAGUUGAAAUCAAGCACACUUCAAGAUUUAGCUGGUAUGGAACAAACAACAGCUAAAGAGACGCGCUUGACAAACUAUAAAAAUGAUGCUAGUGAAGUUGUUUUAACAAGUUAUGAUGAUCAAUUCUUGGUUACUGUUUGCUUAAAUGAUUCGAGUAAUGCUGUGAACGAUUUCGAAGAAGUUAAUAGCAGCGUGUUCUCCACGAAGGAAUAUGAGGAGAAUGAUUUCGACAUAGGGAAUGAUGUGAUUAUCAGCACACAGGAAAUAAAAGAAGAAUCUACCGAAAUUAUGAGCAUUAAAAGUUCACCCAAAAGCAGUCCAAUGUAUUUAGCAAAACAAGUGCCUACCUUUACCACCGAUGCUAAUUUUAAUACGGAUUUCUCAAAAGCAAACGAACUUAUAGAUUUCAUGCCAAUCUUUACGAAUACUGCAACUUCCACUCAUUCUGCUGAUCUGCAAUUAUUAACAAUUGGAAGUAAUCCAAAUUUUCUAAACAGCAAUAUAACAUCCAUACCACCGACCACCGACCAAAUGGAACUAUUUACCAGUUCAGCUGGUAUAACUUCAACAACGCCGCACACUGGCAUAACAACAACCGCUUUAAGUUUUAAUAAUAUGCCGAUCUUUACAGCCGCGGAGCUGGGCAUAGAUGAAAGCGCAUCUACAAGAUCAAAUAUGGCGGAUUUAACCCAAAUUAAUGGGCUGGGAUUUGUGGUUCCAGAAACAAUGCAGUCCCCACCGUUAACAUCAUCAGCAAUCGAAAUGGAUUCACCGUUUGCACAGUCUCAAAGCCAAUUUAUGGUGGCAGACAAUUGGAAAGCAAGCACCUGCGACGCCAUCAACCCAUCGUCAACAUUAAAGAUAAGCUCGAAUACUUCUAAAGCCGCAAAACAAGUGCAAACGUUUGAUGUGAAGUCUGCGGGCGAUGUCAGUAGCGAUCUAGUCAAGACAACGCCAGCGAUUAAAAUAUGCUCGACCAAACGAUCGAAGUCAUCGGCUAAAAAUUGCGGGCGUAAGCCUGUUGUGAAAACGAAUACACCGUCUACAAUUCCCACAACUGCGACUGAGAUGCAGCAACUCACACAGUUGUCAUCUUUGUCACCGAUUUUGCCCCUAAUAAAGCCCACAACUACAACUAUUGGCCACACAACCAACGCGGAUACUGCUCCUGUUUUUAGCUUUCCCGACAUUUCAACAGAAACGGUAAAUGUUUCACAUGCUGCUAUUGCGCCCUCAAGACCCUCUGUAACCUAUCAGCUCACAACACCAACAGCCAGCAGCAUGACGGUUAGCUCAACAACGUCUAGUUUAUCAGCACAAACUACAGCGGAAGAAAACUUAACCAUCCCUGCAGCUCAAAAAUCAAAGUCGCAAUCUCAAUCACAAUCGGUGGCACGCAGUGGAACGCGUGCGCGUACACCUGCGCGUGUACAGGUCGUUACGCCCCAGCCUAAGAAGCACUCUGUUGCGCCGAAAUCGGUGGAAGAAGAAAAAACGCUAGAGCCAAUGUUUACGAACACGACAGCAGCUUUUUGCACCACGGAUUUUGGCAUAAAUCAGAUGGCUGCUGUGUUACCUGCCUCUUACCCCACCGUACCGAUGCGCAAUGUCACAUGUUACGCAAAUCUCUUUCAUUUCGAAAAGUACAUACAACAAUUAAUGGGGCUCAUCGAUGUACCCUCCAUCAUAGAAUCUGCGCGAAAUUUAUUUGUGGAUAAACAGGCCUUAGCGGAAGCGCACGCCGCCUUGCUCGCACAAGCUACACAGUUCGAUGAAGAGGGCAACGCAAUUUCGCAACCACUAUUGCUAAAGUAUCACAAAGAUGGGACUAUAUCCAUACUUAAUGACAACGAUGAAUGCAUCAUAUUGACGGCGAAUAUGUCGAAGAUGGUAAAGCGCCUUUCGCUCGCCCUAAGCAUUUUACAGGAGCAGCAGUCGCCAGUGUUGGGCAUACGAGCGCGUAUCCAUGCGCUGCUAAAACAGUUAACACAAACAGCUACGACUAAAGCUGCUACGCACACUUCUACAGCGAGCGUGAUCGGUCCGUCGGCGAUACCAACAGCUGUGGUGAAUCCAACAAAUUUAGUUGAGAAUGCGCGAAACAUUGAAUUUAGUGUAUUAAAUGCCGUGGAGCUAUAUAGCGGUGCCGGCGGGGGAGGCGCCAAACAGACUGCGCAGCAACAAGUGCACUUAAACGAUACGAAUGUGCAAAUAUACCCGAAUUGGCAUGAAGUUGGAGCCAGUGAUGGGCAACUAACGAGCAUAGACACUACGGAUUUGCAAAUAGCAAAUGAGGAACAGUUUAUAAAUAUAGAUCCAUUGCCAUUGCUGGCCGAUGAAGGAACAACGGGUUAUGAGCAUGCAGUGGCAUUCGAUUUUGACGAGAAUCCCACAAUACUCUCUUCUAGUGAAACUAUAAGCGCGCAGCGUUUUGAAAAUGCAUUCGAUGAGGCCUUGGUGGGCGGUGUGGACGAGGAAAAAAGUUAUAAUUGGGCUGAGUCGGAGCAGAGUAGGCCAGUACAACAGUGGCAGCAGCAGCAGCAGCAGCAACAACAACAAAAUCGUGGCAACGUAGAAAGACGCUGGCAAGAGCAUGGUGCGACUUCGAGAAAUUUCGCUUAUGAGGAUGCAGUUGUCAGAGGUGUGGAAUGUGUAGCCACUAAUAGUGCGGAUGAGGUUCACGCAAUGGUAAUCAAUAAUUUGGGUGCUAAGUCCACAAUUGUGAGUAGUAGUGCGCCUAGGAUUGAAGGUGUAAGUGUAGCUGAUAGUAUGGUUCAAAGUACCGCAGCAUCUAGCGGCAUAAUAACAUCAACAUGCGGGCCACAAAGGAGAGAGACGAUUAAAAAGACUGGUUUUCAAAAGAUUGAGGCUGAUCAGGCGAGGCCCACAGUUCACUGUAGUAAAAAAGUUUCAAGCCGCAAGAUUGAAAAGGCUUCAAAAAUUCAGCCUAAUCUAUCGUCCACAGCUGUGCAGAAACAGUCUAAAAUGCGUAGCAAUUCGAAGCAAGGCAACGCACCUGCUCAACUUAAAAUUUCUGCCAUCCAUUAUCGCUAUAUGCCACCACAAACGAUUGCGAAUUCACCGUGUAAGCAAAGCGCCACAUUGCAUUAUAGACCGACGGCACCGCAGCAACAUUCACAGCAGCAGCAGCAGCAACUUCGAAACGCCAACGUCAAAAUGGCUCCACAAUUUGUGACAAGCACUUCAAAUCAUUCAAAGCAGCCAGAGCGACUCAAAACCAUUGAUAGUGUUACAAAUAUACAGUUAUACUCACAGCAACACCCACAAAAUUCGGCACUCGCAGGUGGCUUGCAACAUAGCAACAAUGUCAGGUUUCUAUUAGCAAAUCCACUGCAACAACCAAAUACACACCAAAGUCAGCGUUUCGUGAGUGUGCCAAAUACGCUCGCACCACUGACCAGCAAUAACAUCCCAACACAAGAGUUUUCGCCGCUGCAAGAAGUCCACAUACAAUACCCCUACCAGCUGCAGCAAACGCAACCGAAUUUUAUCGACAAUGAAAUCCAAAUUACCGAGUUACAGUUGCACUCCAUAAAAGACAUGCCGCAUGUCGAUGCUGACCUCGGUGGCUCGCAAUCCACCGAUAUGGCAAAAACAAAUGCGGCCACAAUGACUACAGCUUUACCACAGCCGUCAGAUGCCACCAUGCUGAGAAUGGUGAGAACUAGUCGCGGUGUAGGAGCGACUAGUGGGAACGCGCAGCUAAAACGCAAUUUAACGCAAAAUUUCCAAACACAAACCUCAGCGUUUGCCAACGACGCUGUGGAAACUUGCAGAGGAUUGCCAGAUGCAGCACAAUCAGCGGCAUCGUCUAUGGCGCAGCUACCACAACACCAACCUUCGCAAUUUCACCAGCAGCAAGUGCAAUUAAUGCAUACCACAAAUACGAACAGAAUGAUAAACGAUAUGCAACAAACUGAAAUGGAACAAUUGAGUCAACAGCUUAUAAAGCAAGAAACUCAGAGGCAAACAGAGUUACAAUUUCAAAUAAUACAGCAACCACCACAGGCGCUGCUAAGGGGAGCGGAUGAAAAUCAAAGAAUGCAUACAAUGAUGACGACACCAAACUCGCUGAUGCUAUACCAAACGCCGGCUCGACAAGUCGAUGCGCACACAACACAGCCACAGCAAUACCCUCCGCAGCAGCAGCAGCAGCAGCAGGAGCAACAUUUUACUCAACAGCAGUUGAUUGCAGUCAGUAAACAAUCGGCACAGCCGCAUAGUUCACAGAACGCCGCAGGAAGCACAACAUCCUCCGCAAUCUCGAAUGCUACAAUGGCUAGAGCAGUAACAUCGGCGACAGCAUCAGCACCAGCGCCAACAAAGCAAACGAAUCUAACACGUAAACGUGGUCGUCCGCGAAAGUACGAUGAUGAAAUGCUGUUAGCAAAUUCCGAAAUGCUGAGGAAACGUAGUGCACGCGAUACGGCGGAGAAGUUUGCUAAACCUAAUCAGAGCAUAAAAAUAAUUCCGAUCACCGCUGCGAAUAGUAAUGCUGCAAUAACAACAACUAACCAAAUUAACACACAAGCUAGCCAAUUAAUAACAACAAUACCAACAACAACUUACUAUACACUAACCCAUAAUCCACAUGAAUUAGAACAACAGCAACAACAGGCACAUCAACCAAACUCCAUCAGCCUAUCAACACUAGCAACACAUUCACCUAUGCAUGCGCAGUUGGAACAACAAUCACUAAGACCAUCAUUUACCAGCCAAAGCUCAGCGAAUGCUUUUAGUUUAAUAGAAAAUAUGAUUAUUGGGGUUGAGGCUGCUGUUGCUUGUGGUAGUGGUAGUGGUAGUGGUAAUGAUCAACAGCAAAAUGGUAAUCAGCAAUCGCAGUCUCACACACAGCCACACAUGCCGCCAUCACCGUCAAGUAGUCGGCAUGAUCAGCACCAUGUAUGAUAUCCAUAUUUUCAUGAAGAGCUCUUCAAUCAUACCUUCCGAUUUGUCGAUAUCUAAUUUAUUUGUUUUUAUAUAUUUUUUUUUUUGUUUUUAAAGAUAUUAGGAGUUCUACUAUUUCAGAUUUGAGAUAACAAGUUUUGGGUAUUUAACGGUUAAAUUGCUACGAAUACUUGCUAUUCGCUAGGACAUAUUUAUUUUUUUAAGUUAUAAAUUAUAAUUUUUUUUUUGUUGCACUUGGUGCAUAAUUAAACAAGUAUUGGAUUUCCUUGAACUCCCCUUGUGCAAUAUUUCAAAGAAUUUGUUAAAUUUGUUUUAUUUUUUUAAUAUUUGUACAAGACUUGAGAAUAGUUUUUUUAGACACAAAGCUUGAAUAUUUAUGUUGACACUUUCCUAUUAUGUAUUUGGAUUGCAUAUUUAUUAGCUUUAUCAAAUUUGCAGUUUAGGUAGACUUUUCGAAUUAAGCCUCUUUAUUAUCUUUACCCUCCGAAUUAUAUUUCCUUGCUUUAUACUGCACAAUGCUGGUUUUAUCAAUCAGUAAACUCCAAGCUCUAGAUAAUCAGCGGGGUAUAAGAGUGAAAAAAAUUGCCUUCAAUUCAUAGCAGCUGUUUUGUUAGAAGAAAGUCAUAACUUGUAUCACUAAAAAGUAAUAACGAAACUUUUAACUGCUUCGUUUUAACCGACUUCAAAAAAAGGAUAAGGUUAUCAAUUCGUCGGAAUAUUUUUUUUAAUGUA